AUGACUGGUCGUGUGAUCAGUCUCAACCUUCAUUUCGGUGGGCUUCAAGGCAAUAUCCAUUCCAACAACAGCUUGUUCUUUCUUCGCCAUCUCAGGCGGCUAGACCUCUCAAGAAAUGAUUUCCGAGGUUCCCAAAUUUCCUCCCAGUUUGGUGGCUUUGUAAGUAUGACUCACCUUGACCUCUCUGACUCCAAUUUCAGUGGCCCAAUCCCUACGGAAAUUUCCUACCUUUCCAACUUGGUUUCACUCAAUCUCUCCCAAGAUGCUGUGACACUAGAUACUUUUAGCUUGAGCAGAAUUGUUCAAAACCUAACCAAUCUUAGGGAGCUUAAUCUGGCUGCAGUUGAUAUGUCAUUAGUUGUACCUGAUUCCUUUAAUAAUCUGUCUUCUUCACUGACAACUCUUAUACUCUUUCAUUGCCACUUGCAAGGAAAAUUCCCAGAGAGCAUUUUGCACCCACCAAACCUUCGACAAGUGGAUUUAGGUUCAAACUAUAACCUCACAGGUUAUUUCCCCAAGUCUAACUGGAGCAGUCCACUCGAAAGCUUAGACCUCUCUCAUACUAGAAUCUCAGUAGAUUGGCAUCAUCUCACCAAAAACUUCGGGUCUUUGAGAUAUUUGUUUCUCAGAAAUUGGACUUUUGUAGGAUCAUAUCUUGCAUCGCUUAGUAACCUUACACAAAUCAUGCUGUUGGACCUCUCAUAUAACGGUUUUGGUGGGCAUAUUCCAUGGUCGCUUCUAAACCUUGAGAGACUCAAGGACUUGGAUCUUAGUGGCAACAAUUUUGUGGGUCAGUUUCCAGAAGUUGUGCGCAACUCAACAGGGAUCUCUUCUUUAUAUGAUUUUUCAAAAGGGCAACUGGUGGGACCUAUUCCUCAACACCUAACCAAGCUCACUUUAUAUAACAACUCACUCAAUGGAACGAUGCCAUCUUGGUUAGGAAGCUUGCCAUCAUUGGAGGAGUUAAACCUCGGAAGAAACCAACUUAGCGGUAAUAUCUUUGAGUUCCAAUCUCGUUCUUUGUCACGGCUUGAUUUAAGUUAUAACAAGUUGCAUGGCCUGAUUCCAAGAUCAAUCUAUGAGCUAGUGAACCUUGGAUGGCUUGAUCUAUCAUCCAAUAACUUGAGUGGAACAGUGGAGUUUGAAAAGUUUUCAAAACUCCAGAGUCUUGUUAGGCUUAAUCUUUCCUCUAACCAUCUAUCCUUGAGUUUCAACAAUUUGAGUAACAACACCUGGCUUGAACUCAGGACACUAGAUUUGUCGUUUUGUAACAUAAGUGAGUUCCCAUACUUUCUAAGAGCCUCACCAAACUUGGAAGCAUUAUACCUUUCCCACAACCGAAUUCAAGGCGACCUUCCCAAAUGGUUGUUGGAUGUGGGGAAGGAGUCAUUGACAUAUUUAGAUCUUUCUCACAACUUUUUGACGGGCACUGUAGAACUUCGGUGGAAAAACCUUCAAUAUCUUGACCUUCGCAACAAUUCAAUCCAAGGAAAGCUUCCAAUUCCACCACCUUCCACAUUUUACUUUACCAUAUCAAACAACCAAUUAAAUGGAGAGAUUCCUCCAAUUAUUUGCAGCCUGAGUUUCCUUCAAAUACUUGAUUUGUCUUAUAAUAAAUUGAGUGGUAAAAUUCCUCAAUGCACAGGGAACUUCAGUCAGAGGCUCUCCGUUUUGGAUCUAAGGAAGAAUAAAUUUGAUGGCAUCAUUCCUAAUACCUUUUCUGCAGGGAAUGUUUUGAGGAAUCUUAAUCUUAAUGGAAACCAGUUGGAAGGGCCAUUGCCGUUGUCUUUGCUCACAUGUAGAGAGUUGGAAGUUCUAGACGUUGCAAAAAAUAAAAUUCAUGACACAUUCCCCAAUUGGCUGGAAUCUCAUCCAAAGCUGCAAGUUCUUAUGUUGAGGUCGAACAAAUUCCAUGGUGGAAUAGGUAAUCCGAAAACUAGAUUUCCAUUCCAAAAGUUGCGCAUCAUGGACCUCUCCAACAAUCAGUUUAGUGGUCUUUUGCCAACAAAAUAUUUUGAGCAUUUGACGGCCAUGAAAAACUUACAAAAACAGGAACUGAAAUAUAUGGGAGAACAAUACUGUGAGGACACUGUGGUUGUAGCAAUUAAAGGCAUCGAAAUUAAAAUGGUGAAGAUCCAGACUUUCUUCACUACUAUCGAUCUCUCAAACAAUGGUUUUAGUGGACAAAUUCCAAAUGUAAUCAGCAAACUUAAGUCAUUGAAGGGGCUUAACCUUUCACAUAAUGAGCUUACAGGUACAAUUCCAGACUCGUUUGGCGAUUUGAGCAAUCUUGAAUGGUUAGAUCUCUCUUCAAAUGCGCUUGUUGGUGAGAUUCCGGAGCAAUUGACAAAUUUGACGUCACUUGGAAAGUUCAAUGUUUCGAAAAAUCGACUUGUGGGGGCGAUACCUACUGGCAAGCAAUUUGAUACAUUUGAAAAUAAUUCGUAUAGUGGAAAUAUUGGAUUAUGUGGAUUUCCACUUUCCAAAACAUGUGUUCCACAUCCAUCACCGCCAUCAUCAUUACAACAAGAAGAUGAUUUGGAUAACGUAAAUGGAUUUGAUUGGAAGGUAGUGUUGAUGGGGUAUGCAUCUGGGUUGAUAAUUGGAAUAUCUGUGGGAUAUCUUGUACUCUCGAACGGAAGAUCGGAUGGGCUUAUGAAAGUGAUCAAAAAAACACGAUGGGGUAACAUUAUGAAAAUUACACAUUGGGCUGCGUGA